AUGGUGACUAUACUGAAUAUAUUUAAUGAGGACUGCUGGCGGCUCGUACUGGACUUGUUGUCCACUGAAGAUGUCAUAAGAUCGGAGCGAGUCAGCCGUGGUUGGCAAGAUGUAAUCUUCCGUUACCUUCAGGAUGUUGGUAUAAGUAUAGAAUAUCCCUGGUAUGGCCACAAGGCUUCUCGUACACAACGCGUCCUAAAAAUGGAACAAGAUGAUCCAGAGAAGUUCAAGGAAUUAACACGGAAAUGGGGCUCAUGCAUCAAGAAAACGGAUUGUGUUAAUGAAGGCAGUUUGGAGGUUAUACGGAAGAACUGUCCUGAUUUAGAAGAUGUUACGUUUUAUGGAUUACAAGAAGAUACCUUAUCAAGUGGAUCAACGAAGACCUUUAAGAAGCUGAAGCGAGUACAUUUCAGGGGCUGCGAUUCUGUAAGGAUACUUCAUACACCUUAUGUUAAAACAUCAAAUUUCAAAGAAUGCUUUGCUUUUUGUGGUCUCUACUGCUUUAUACUUAAGGCUUAUUAUGGAAAUACAUGCUGUAUGAAUAAAAAACAGUUGACAGAUAAGUGCGUCAAGCAUUGGCUGGUGAAUUACAACAUCGAGGAACUAGUAGUAUGGGGCGCUGAAGAAAUGACUGGAAAGUGCUUGGUAACACCACACUCCGCAAAACUAAAGGGUCUAUGCUUUAAAGAGUGUGAGACGUUGGAUUUCCGUCAUCUUGUAUCUGCUACAAAACACCUAACUCAUUUAAAGAAGUUGGAGCUGGUGUAUGUUCCUAGAGAAAUCUUUCAGAAUGUCCAUUUGGUGUUGGAUAAGCUCCCCGAAUUAGAGGAUUUGUGUUUGCGUUGGGAAAAGAAGAUGGAAUUGGGAGAUGAUUGGGCGGAGUCUAUUGGACGGUUGAGACUACGGCGUUUGGAUGUGAGCUUCAAUCCAAAUGUGACAGAUGAGUGGCUGGAAAAGGCCUCCUGUGGCUUUGGACGGCUCAACGAAAUGCACGUAGAAGGUUGUUUAGGUGUGACCGGACGCGGGGCAAAAGCGGCAUGCAGCUUAGCGGGCCCGGCGCUGCAAGGACUUCAGCUCGGCUCCAAUGUCAAGAUAAACGAUGCCUGCGUCGAGGACAUUGUCCGGACUUGUCCCAACCUCGUGUGGAUCAACUUAUCCUACUGCCAUGGCGUAACGGAGAACAUCGUGGCGCGGUUAGGGAAAGCGCGCAGUGUUCGAGACAGAAAGUUACGUCUCAUAGUCCAAGGCACCGUGGUCGAGGGAUUUGAAAAGGAUAAAUACCCGUGGCUGAUCUUGGACUUUGGAGACUGAAGCUACAUCGGGAUAUACAGUACUAAUUGGUGAAUGACGCAAAACGGCGUCGAUGACGACGAGAUUAGGUCCUCAUUUUAUAUGGCUAUACCUAAGCGAAACAGCAAUGUUGCCUGUUUAUUGUACUGUGGUUGUAAAGCCUGACCAGGAAUAGACGUGCGCGCCGCCAUAAGGAGUCAGCGCGCCGCUGCCACAAACAAACAAUAAGAUAAUAACACCAAAAAAAUUAUACUUACACAGUUUUUUGAGAUUUUUUUCCCUUGUCGAUUUAAGGGUUAAGCGUGGCUUUUCAUUAUACGUCUUAAUAUUGAAAAGUUAAAAAAUCCGAAUAUUUGAAGUUGAAAAAUGAAAAUAUUUUCGUGGCGCGCCGCCGUCCGAUUUUUUUCGACCGGUGUAUUCCUGGUCCAGGAAUACAUGAUCACGCGCCAUGUUGCGGAAUUUCACUGGAACUAAUUAUUUCAUACUAUAUUGAACUGUCACCCUAUACCUACAUGAGAAUAACAGCGCCCUCUUGACAAUGAUCAUAUAUUACUAUUCUAGUCAGGCUUUAAUGUGUAGGUACCUUUAUAAAACUGGGACCCUACAACAUCGAACAAUAUUUAUGAGGUGAAAGUUUGCUCCAUCCAAGGUGCUCGUUUAACCUUUUGAACGCCACAGACGGCAAUUGACGUCAACGCAAAAUCGUGACAACGACGCCA